AUGAUCAAGUUAAAUAGAGGAAAAAGGAAGACAAGUGGCAACACAAGGGAGGAUGGACUGCAUUUCCUAGAUGCCAUUACAUAUGUAAGGCUUGACACAGAGUUUGAUCAAGCAAUGGAUAACAUGAGACAUUUCAAUUCCCAAUUAUUUGAAUGGCUUGUCAAUCAUGGUGAUAUUCACAAGUGGGCUUUAAGCAAGUUCCCUUUUAAACGAUGGGACAACAUAGCAACAAACCUUGCAGAGUCAUUCAAUGCGUGGAUGCUGAAGGAGAGAAGAUAUAAUGUUGCCCAACUUAUACAUGAGCAUCGUGAAAAAGUAGCCAAGAAGAUGUAUGUAGCAAGCAUGGCAAUGAGCAAAUGGAAGAAUGGUGUAGGCCCAAAUACAAAUGCAACAUUGAUGGAAAAUGUAGCGAGAUCUGCACAGAUGUUAAGUGUUUCUUACGAAAGGGGUAGGGUGUGUGUCUAUACAGCAAAAGGAGCCAUUAAUGUUGAUCUUGAAAAAGGUGAAUGUAGUUGUGCAGCUUGGCAAAUGUCAGGCAUCCCAUGCCCACAUGCAUGUGCAGCUAUCAAGGCCUUGAAUUGCAAUGUGUAUGAUUUUGUUCAAGAAUGCUACAAGAUUAUGUCCCAACAAAAGAUUUAUGGUAGGACGAUGACUCCAGUGGUGACAAUCGACAUGCCAAAUCCUAAUAACUAUCGGCUGCAAGAUAUAGCAAGUCAAGUGUUUUUGGCACCACCUUUGACUAGUCGACCACCUGGAAGGCCUAGGAUAAAUAGGCAAGAGUCGCUGUUUCAAAACAAGAAGGUGUACCAUUGUAGUGCAUGCCAGCAAGUUGGCCACACAAGAAGAACAUGCAAGAAUCCAAGCCCAACUUAA